AUGUCACAAGCAUGUACAAUGAACAAAUGUACACGUACAUUGCGUGGACUAUGUGAUUGUUGUCAACAAAAUCUUUGUUUACAACAUUUGAAUGAACAUAAUAUUGAACUCAUUUCUCAAUUGAAUCCUCUGACUGAUGAAAUCAAUAUACUUGGAGAUCGUCUGGAAACAUUAAAUAUUCAAAAGAUAAUCGCCAUUGAACGCGAAAAACUUGAACAAUGGCGUCAAGAUUGUUAUAAGAAGAUAGAUCUUUUUUUUGAACAAAAAUGUCAAGAACUUGAUCAAUUUGUUAAUGAAAGAAUUGACCAACAACGACAAGAACUCAAGCGAAUACAGUUAAAAAUAAGUGAACUAAUCAAUGCACAAGAAACAACUCGUCACGAUAUCGAUUCAUUAACAUCAACUAUUCGCCAACUCGAAAGACGUUUCAAGAACAUUGAAGAAAAAUGUGUUACAAUCCAUACGCGUCCAUUGCUAAUAGACGGUACAUUAGUUUCUCUUGAGAAAACAAUUCAACUUGAACUUGAUCUAUCAACUCUUUCAUCCGUCUACAGAACAAUUCAUUAUCUUAAGGGAAGUUUUAUAUCACUAACUUGCAAUGAUCGAUAUUUAUUGAUUCAUCAACAUCCAAAUUUAUGCUUGCUUGAUCGAGAAUUGAACAUAGUCAAACAAACAUUAUGGUCAUAUAGUGAAAUUUGGGAUAUGUGUUGGUCAUCAGAAUUAGAUCGAUUUAUUGUACUUGGAAAAAAUAACAUCUAUCUGAUUAACGAAAAUACAAUGUCAAUUGAUAAUGUGCACAAAAUCGAACGACGAACCUGGGCAUCGUGUACGUGUUCUGAUACAGUUCUCUUUGCAAGCACAAAUGAACGUGCAUCAUCGAUUAUGGAAUUCGCAUUAUUCCCAACAAUCAAAUUGAGAAGAGAAUGGAAAUAUCCUGUAACAUGCACCAAAGAUGAAUUUAUCUCUGAUAUUGUUUACAAUAAUGGGAAUCUUGCUCUGAUGAUUGUAAAUGCAUUGAAUAGAUCAUCACAUAUAGAAUUGAGAUAUUCAAAGACGCUCACACAUAUUUGGUCACUUCAACUUGACAUAAUGUGUAGCCAAAAAGCUGCACCUCGUUGUUGUUUCUUCCCUUGUAAUGAAUGGCUCGUUGUCGACUAUGAGACUGGGCGCCUAUUUCAGAUUACAAAAGACGGCGAAGUAAAGAGAACAACUGAAUAUUACCCAGCUGCUGGUCGUACUAGUCUGUUCGGCAUAAAUAAGCUAGCAGUAGCCACUGGUGAUGAUGUA